UGAGAAGCAUCAUCAAAGAGCUUACUUACCUCAAUGGAGAAGCAUGAAAUUGCAGUGAUCACAGUUCCAUUUCCGGGGCAAGGCCACCUCAACCAGCUGCUUCAGAUCUCCGCCCUCCUCUCCUCCCACGGCCUCCCCGUCUACUACGCCGCCGCCGCCAUCCACAACCGCCAAGCCCGAGCUCGCCUCAACGGCUUGAACGUCGCCCAAAUCCACUUCCACGACCUUCCCACUCCUCCCUUCGCCUCUCCUCUCCCCGAUCCUAACUCCUCAAUCAAAUUCCCCACGCAGCUCCAGCCCGCCUGGACGGCCUCCUUAGCCCUCCGAGAACCGCUCGCCGCCUUCCUCACCGACGUCGCCGCGAAAUUCAAGCGAAUCGUCGUCGUUCACGACUCGAUGAUGGCGGCCGCGGUCCAGGACGUCGCCUCGAUUCCUAACGCCGAAUCCUACGCGCUCUGGUGCAUCUCUGCUUACUCUCUCGCUUCCUACUUCGCCAGAGACGAAUUGAAAGCGGUAUCCUCUUUCGAAGAGGACGAAUUGCCGGAGGAGAUCCGAAAUCUCACGAUGCUGCAACAGGAGCCGCUGAAAUUGAGAUCCGGAGAUCUGUACAACACCUGCAGAUUGAUCGAAUCGCCGUAUCUGGAGAUGCUAGAGAGAGAACAGUCGGUGCGGAAUUGGGCGAUAGCUCCGAUCCUGCCGCCGCCGGAUGAAAAUCAAUCUCACAGAACCCUAGAUUGGCUCGAUCAACACGAUCCGGAUUCCGUGAUCUACGUUGCGUUCGGCACCACGAUUUCGAUGUCGGACGAUGAAAUCAGGGAGCUCGCCUUCGGAUUGGAGCAGAGCGGAGUGAAAUUCUUAUGGGUGCUGAGAGAUGCCGAUAGAGGCGACGUGUUUGAUGACCAGAUCCGGCGAGCUAGGGUGCCGGAGGGGUUCGAGGAGAGGGUGGAAGGGGUGGGGAUGGUGGAGAGAGGGUGGGCGCCGCAGCCGCAGAUCCUGGCGCAUCCGGCGAUAGGGGGGUUUAUGAGCCACUGUGGGUGGAAUUCGUGCAUCGAGAGUGUGACGACGGGAGUGGCGAUGGCGGCGUGGCCUAUGCAUUCGGAUCAGCCCAGGAACACUGAGCUGAUUACACAAGUGUUGAGAGUGGGAGUUGCGGUGAGAGAGUGGAGAGAGAGGAAGGAGGUUGUGAAGGCGGGGAGUAUUGCGGAGGUGGUGAGGAAGUUGAUGACGUCGGAGGAAGGGGUUGAGAUGCGGCGGAGGGCGAAGGAGCUGGGCGCUGCUGUAAGGCGGGGUGCUCAGCCAGGCGGCGCUGCUCGUGCUGAAUUGGAAUCGUUCGUAGACCAUGUAACCAGACACAAACACUGAAUGAAUUUACUACUAUUAUUACAUUUUCUAUUUUUAAUUAAUUAUACUACUACCAAAUUUGAACUUA